UUUUUAAGCUAUAGUAGUGGAGGCACCUGAUUAUCAUAGUUUCAUAGUGGCGUCCAUUUAGAUUCUGACUCCUUUAUACUCAAUAUUACAUGCCUGGAAUUAGGAAAGGGAAACUGCUCGAUUUGAUCUGGAAAAAUAGGAAAGGUUGACUCUCCUAGCUUUUUGGUGAUCAGAGGGAGACGCACCAUCAUGAUGAAAUCUAAAGGAUCCCUCCUCAUCCUCAUCGGCUGUCUGCCUUUAGCAGUGUUGUCCUUGAGAUGCUACACAUGCAUGUUUCCCGCCAUCUCUCCUCUGGACUGUCUGAAGUUCCCCCAGGAAUGUCCCGUGGGCCAGCGAUGUAUUGCCAGCAAAGCUGUAGGAGUUAAAGGGUCAGUGUCCAUUGUCCUGUACGAGCGGAGCUGUGCCCUGCCAUUACAGUGUGACCUGAGCGGAGAGAAACACGCGGCAGGAAUAAACUUCAACUACACGAGUGAGUGCUGUGACACGGAUCUCUGCAACACUGCUGCGCCCAUCAGCUCCCCCCGCUGGACCGGAGCAGUGCUGAGCCUCUGCGGUCUGGCCCUCCUGCUCCAGCUGGGAUGAGCAGCUCUUACUCUCACAGGAGGUGCUACAACACCAUCAGCAAAGUCUGAGAAUCAGAAACACCACGACAUACCAACACCGUCUGUUUAAAAACCAAUGCAUCCGCUCAAAUUUGACAUGCACACAAGACUGAAACUGUAAGUCCAUCUACGCACUUUCUUGCAAACGCCAUGCUUGAAGGGAAGUGCCUGCAACCACGUACACACACACACACACACACACACUCUCUCUCUCUCUCUCUCACACACACACACACACACACACACACAGCGAGUUGAGACUCAUGAGAAUGAGUCAUGUAUGCUCAAAAUACUGAAACUCUUCUUCUAAAUAUAAAUGGUUAAACCCACACAACUGCUAAAUCUAACAGCUAAUUUGCUUUAUUUUUAAAUACUAAUGACAGUAACUUUUGUGUCAUUUUUAUUAAUUCUAGAAACAUAAAUGCAUAUUGUUUCAUAUGAACAGGCUGUGUUCCAGAGGCUGUUCCAUUCCUGUAGAGCACAACACAAUAUUUUCU